AUGUCAAGAAAUUUUACAUCUAAAUUCAAAAUCAAUGAAAAAAGAUUCUACAUCAUAUAUCCACAACAUAAAAACGAUAAAAAUGAUUAUAAAAAGAAAUAUGAAUCAUUAAAAAAUGAACACAAGAAAUUAAAACAUUUCUUUAAUCAAAUGAAAGAAAAAUGUAUUAAAUACGAAACCUUUAUAGAUUCCAUUAUUGAAUUUAUUAAGAAUGAAAAUUUAUCAAAAUCUAAUCAACUCAACAUCCCAACGAAUGAUGAAUUUUCAACUACUAAAGAUAAUUAUAUAUCCAGCGAUGAGGAUCUCUUUACCAUCGAAAAUGAACCUACACUUGACAGCAAUAAUCAAAAUAAAUCUGACCUCGAUGGUUAUAAUCAACAAAACGAAAUUGAUAAUUCCAUCGAAAAUAGUCAAAUUAUUCAAACCAAAUUCUCAAUCGAAAAUGAACCCCAAACUUUUAAUCAAUUUAAUGAUUCAAUAAACAAAUCUUUUAUCGAUGAAUAUAUGACAAAUAAUCUCUUUACUAUCGAAAACGGACUGGGAUUCAACUUCGAUAAUCAACAAAAUGAAAUUAAUAAUUUUAUUGAGAGUAGUCAAAUUAUUCAAAUCAAUAACAAAUCCUUAAUUGAAUAUGAACCAAAAGCAUUUAACGAUCCAAUAGAUAAUGAAUUUUUCGUUAAUGAAUACAUGACAAAUGAACUUUCAUCUCAAACUAUUAAUAAUAUUUUCAAAAAUAAUAAUGAUUAUACGACCCAACCCAAUAUUCAAGAAAUCCAAUACAAUCCAUAUAUUAGUUAUAUACCCAUUAUUAGUAUUCUUGGAGAUGAAUAUGUUAAUAUUGAUAAUAAUAUAUAUAAUUAUUCAACAUAA